AUGUCCAGAGUUGCUCAGUUAGACUCGAUACUUCUAGAUAAAGAAAUAUACUCCUUAUUAUUCAAUCAAAUAUCAUCGUCGCUAUCAAAGUUCAAUAAAUCUCUCUUAUCGGCACAUUCAUCAGAAAUCCAAUUGAUCCUUAAAUCACUAUUAUUUAAAUAUACUCUUUGGGAUAAUUCAAACACAUAUGGAUUCCAUCUACUGAAUCUUUCCCUUGUUAAUAAUAAAAAUGAGAGAUUGUCACGUUCAAUUAAAGCCUUAUACUAUAUAUUGUUUGUGUUUGGCGAUUACCUAUCCGAGAAACUCUCGUCAUACAUUUUUGCCUUGGAUGAAGAUGACGAUGAUAAUGAAGAGUCGAGAUCAAUAUUAUCAAAGUAUGCAAAGCAGUUUAUUGUGUACUCUCUUCGAGCUCUAAAGAUCCUAAACUUAGUAAAUUUUGUCAAGUUUCUUAUUGAUGGGAAAUAUAACAGCUUGAAAUUCCAGUUAUUGAACAUUAAAACAAAAAUCAGUUCUUUAGAUUUCGAAAAAAUGGUAAAAGGAAAUGUCAAUUAUGAGUUUCAAAACCGGCAAAUUCUAUGGAAUACUCUCAUUGAAUUUGUGAUGUUUUUAUUGCCAAUUUUUUUGAAAAUUAGUAAAAGAAAACCACAAAUGGCAUCAAAGAAGAAGCGUUCAUCUUUCAAGGGUUUCAAAAUGAUCAGUGAUUUUUUUAAUGGAAAACAUUUUAAUGAUAAUUAUGAGUCACUUGAGGAAGCUUUAGGAGAUCAGGAUAGUGAUGAUAUUGAGCAGAAUGUUGUCAAAACACUUGAUUGGUUACCGCAAUCUCAAUGUGCUAUAUGCUAUGAAUCUAAAACUGGACCAACCGUCGAUUCCAAUCCAAUAACCAAUCCGUAUAUUACUAAUUGUGGCCAUGUUUACAGUUAUCUAUGUAUCUUAGAGAAGCUUCAGCGUCACAAGCCGUCUCAUCAUCAGACUCUCGCAACUUUAAAAAUAAUUAAAAUGACAAAAAAGAACGAAGAUCUUGUUGACUAUUGGAGGUGUUUACGUUGCUCUGAGCCAGUUUUAUGGUGUCAACCUUACAAUGAUAUUGAUGAAGGAGCAAUACUUGCCAGAAAUGAGGAAGAUGAUAUUGGUAAUGAGAAUGAGGAUAUAGAUGACAGUGCCUACGAGGAGGGUGAGUUACAAGGAUCACAUAUUGAACGUACCGAUUCAUUGGCUUCUGGAUCAGAAUUUUUAUCGAUAGAAAGACCAAGGCUAGAUGAUGAUGACGAAAAUUUUGAUGAAAAUGAAUUAUCUGAAGCCUAUGAAAGUUUAGAUGAUAUCGAUGAGCUUAAUGAGGAAUUUGAAUUAUAG